CCAGGUUGCGGGCCGAGGGCCCCCAAGCCCGCAGCACCCAGCGGACGAGUCCUCCCAGGCCUGACCCCAGCUUUCAGCCUUCCAUCUGUGAGCUCCACCUCUCCCCCUGGCCAACUCUGUUCCUCUUCUGCUGGCUGCUUCCCUUCCUCAAGCCCGGCGCUUUUCCUGCCCCUUCAUCCCACAGUCGUCGGGUCCCCAACUGCUGCCGCAUGGGUACCGGCCUGUGUCCAGCCUCCCCCACAGCGCCUCUUGGGUCUCGGCUGCCGGACGUUUCAAAUUUCUCUAGACAUCACUUUGGAUCAGAUAAACUUUAUCCGAUAAAGGACAUCAUGUCACAGGAAGAGUGAGCUCCUGCCCAUUUUACCAUGGAGGACUCUGGAAAGACUUUUGGAUCAGAGGAGGAAGAAACAAACUAUUGGAGAGACCUGGCCAUGACCUACAAGCAGAGGGCAGAGAGUACACAGGAGGAACUCCGAGAAUUUCAGGAAGGAAGCCGGGAAUACGAAGCUGAAUUGGAGACUCAGCUGCAGCAGAUUGAAAUCAGGAACCGGGACCUCCUGUCAGAGAAUAACCGCCUUCGAAUGGAGUUAGAGACUGUGAAGGAGAAGUUUAAAAUGCAGCAUUCAGAAGGCUACCGGCAGAUCUCAGCCUUGGAGGAUGACCUGGCUCAGACAAAAGCCAUCAAAGAUCAACUGCAGAAAUAUAUCCGGGAACUAGAACAAGCCAAUGAUGACCUGGAGAGAGCCAAACGAGCCACAAUCAUGUCCUUGGAUGACUUUGAGCAUCGUUUGAAUCAAGCAAUCGAAAGAAAUGCCUUCCUGGAGAGCGAGCUGGAUGAGAAGGAGAAUCUUCUUGAAUCUGUGCAGAGGUUAAAGGAUGAAGCAAGAGAUCUGCGGCAGGAAUUGGCUGUGCAGCAGAAGCAAGACAAGCCCCAGACACCCAUGCCAGGCUCUGGGGAAACAGAAAGGACAGACAUGGCUGUGCAGGUCACAGGCUCCGUACCAUCCACUCCCAUGUCUCACCGAGGACCCAGCUCUGGUUUGAACACACCAGGAGUAUUCAGACGAGGUCUGGACAGUUCUAAUAGUGGGACCCCACUCACACCUGCAGCCCGGAUAUCAGCCCUAAACAUUGUUGGGGACCUGCUUCGGAAAGUUGGGGCCCUGGAGUCCAAACUAGCAUCAUGCAGGAACUUCGUGUAUGAUCAGUCCCCAAGCCGAACAAGUGGUCCAGUUUCAGGGCGAGGAACUAAAAACAGAGAUGGUGGUGACAGACGGCCAAGCAGCACCAAUGUAGGAGAUAAAGGGUCAGGAAAACGCUUGGAGUUUGGAAAGCCAGCCUCACAGAUCUCAUCACCAGCGCUGCCAUCCACCCAUGAUGUGGUCAAGCUUUUGCUUUAGGACCAAUGGGAACUGCACCCUCACCUGUCUUACUGUCUUACCCCCUUACAUCCAGCUUUUGGUUGUUGAAUUUUCAAGUUAAUUUGAGAAAUAAGAGCCAGCAUCACCAGCAUUUACUUUGUGCUGUGCAGCCUAAGCUGACUAAGGCUGUUGGCCGUAGACUCGGCGUCAUCCCCGUAAUGUGUCCCAGUCCCUGGCAGUGUGUGUGCCAUAGGAAUGAGCUGGUACCCUCCUCACCCCCUAGAGCAGGCAGUGCUAAGGUAUGGAUGAUGGGGCUACCCUGUCAUUGGCUACCUAGAGUUUUAAUGGCCUCCAGAGGUGUUUUGCAUAUGAAUAAUAUUCUUCAGGGGGACUAAAGCCCAGUUCAGGAGCUCUCCUCUGCAGCCUAUUUCCAACUGGAGCUGUCUUCUGGAAUAUUCUGCCAGUGCUUUUACAGCAGGAUUAAAUUGUGUCUAGGACUGGGAGAUUACAGAGGCAUAG